UUCUUGGCAGGGCGAGCUGAGGCGAAGCGCAGCCCGCCGCCGGUCGGCCCGCCUUUCACCCGCUUUUGGCUUCAGGCCGUCCGGCCGCCUCAGCGGGCGACUCCCGCCCCCCCCACAAAAAAAAACAAACCCUCCCUCCGACUGCUGCAGCCCGCUGCGGGGAUAUGCCAUUACCAUGGCGAGGAGGGUCUCUGCGGGGGCCUGGCUCAGGAAGCCCUACUACGGGCAGGUUCGCUUCUCUUAUAUGCGGAUGAAAUAUCUCUUCUUCUCUUGGCUAGGAGUAUUUAUUGGCAGCUGGAUUAUUUAUGUUCAGUACUCAUCUUACACAGAACUUUGCAGAGGGCAUGACUGUAAGAAAACAAUAUGUGAUAAAUACAAGAGUGGGGUUAUUGAUGGAUCAGCAUGUAGUAGCCUGUGUACAAGACAAACACUUUAUUUCAGAAAAUGUUUGUCAACCCAACCCAACAAUCAGAUGUAUUUAGGAGAAUGGGGUAAUUUGCAAGGAGUUAUAAAAUGCCAGAUGGAAGAAAUUGCUCAUAUUGAUCUUAGAACUGAACUAGAACCAAGGAAAGAAACAACUCUGUUUGAUAAACCAACUAGAGGAACUACUGUUCAAAAAUUCAAAGAGAUGGUCUAUGGGCUUUUUAAAGCAAAACUGGGAGAACAAGGAAAUCUUCCUGAAUUGGUUAAUCUCAUCUUGACUGUGGCUGAUGGGAAUAAAGAUGGUCGUGUUUCCUUGCCAGAAGCAAAGUCAGCAUGGGCACUUCUCCAGUUAAAUGAAUUCCUGCUCAUGGUAAUUCUCCAAGAUAAAGAACACACUCCCAAAUUGUUGGGGUUUUGCGGAGAUCUUUAUGUGAUGGAAAAAGUUGAAUAUACCUCUCUUUUUGGAAUAAGCCUUCCGUGGAUUUUAGAACUUUUCAUUCCUUUUGGUUUCAGAAGGAGCAUGGAUCAAUGGUUUACUCCGUCGUGGCCGAGAAAGGCAAAAAUAGCUAUAGGGCUUCUAGAAUUUGUGGAAGACAUUUUCCAUGGACCGUAUGGAAAUUUUCUCAUGUGUGAUAUGAGUGCCAAAAACCUGGGCUAUAAUGAUAAAUAUGACUUAAAAAUGUUGGAUAUGAGAAAAAUAGUGCCAGAAAUGAAUUUAAAAGAACUUAUUAAAGAUCGUCACUGCGAGUCUGACCUGGAUUGCGUAUAUGGCUCCGACUGUAGAACUGUAUGUGACCAAAGUAAAAUGAAAUGUACUACAGAAAUAAUUCAGCCAAAUUUAGCAAAGGUGUGCCAUUUGCUUAAAGACUACCUGCUUCUCGGGGCUCCUUUAGAAAUACAUGAAGAACUAGAGAAACAAUUGUACUCUUGCAUUGCCCUGAAAGUUUCAGCCAAUCAGAUGGAAAUGGAACAUUCUUUAAUACUCAAUAACUUGAAAACUCUAUUGUGGAAGAAAAUAUCUCAUACAGAUGAUUCUUAGGUGCUUUGUCUCAGAAGAAGAUGCAGUUGCUGCUGUAGGAGCUGACCACUUUUUAUGAAACAUACUUUAUAGUUUUUGAAACAUUUAUUGUCCUCAUCUUUUAUCAGUUCUCUUUCAGACAUGUUGUCCCCAAUCGAAGAGUUAUAUGUGUACUUUAAAUGUAUGCCUGUCAGACUACUGAAGCCAUAUGGCUACAACACUCCUGGCUGGAAAGAAUACUAAUUCCCUGUUACCCUUUUAUCCUUCACUGGCUUAAGAGAUUUCAUAACAGCCUUCUGUUGUUAGUAUUCAUUCUGUUUCUUUAGAAACUUACUAAAAGCCAAAUUUAUACAUAUGGAGAGAGCAUUUGGUAUAAUCCCAGGAAAUCCAUUCUAUAGAAUUUAUAAAGUCACAUGUAUUCAACUGAAUAAUUUCCUAAAUGUAAAAAAAAAUCUAGCAUUUGAAAUCUAUCCUACCCUUUUCCCUGAUGUAUUAGUUAUUAAAAACUGGGAAUUCUUGAAGGAGG